UCCUGAGAAUGAUGACUGACUGUCAUCUUGGGAGGAUAUUAGCACCUUUGCAAAACUUGACUCCAAAUUGUUGUUGUUGUUCCCCUCCUAAGUUCUCCAGUGCCCCAUCUAGUUACAUUUGAAGUUUGUCCCAUUGCCUGGAUAGGAUUAUGAUGAGGAAGAGCUCUGCUGGUGGUGGAAGCAACGUCCACUCUGGAGACCCCAGUUAUGAUCUCCGCUGGUUAAAUCUGCCACCAGCAAUGUUCCUGCCAUCAAUACACCCAGAAACAGAGUGUUCUUGGGACAGGCAGAUCUCAUUUGUUGUUUUGUUUUGAGGGUCCCCCGCCAUUCCAUUCGUCUCUUACCAGAUGUUUAGAGAGUGAUGAUCAGUGCUGUUAAAAUGCUACCAUAAUAUGCAAGAAAAUGCACCCACUUCAUUCACUGCAUUUAAAAGAGAGAGAAAUUAGCCUACCUUUGUGAGAAGAAAAGAUUUGUGGUGGAAGGAUGGAUGAGAGCACACCAGAAGAGCAAGGUACAGCUAAGCUUUCAAGGACUGAGGAUGCAUCCUUUGGCUCAUCAACUGUGGAGGAAGCUGGCAAAACGCUGGGAAUUCAGGAUGGUCUACAUAUGGCAUACACUGGAGGUGAAAAAAACACUUUGAGCACUGAAAGCCAAGAGUUGGUUCCCUCUUCACCAGCUACUGAUGCAAGUGGGAAUGUAGACCUGACUGAAGGACAGCUUGCUUCAGAUUUUCAUGGCGAUGGAGACUGUUGUGUGAAAUCAUUUGAAAUACAAACAAAAGGAUCUGUGAAAGCAGAUUGCUUGCCUAGCGGAGAUGAUAGCGAACAGCAGGUUUUGAAAACGGAUGACACAAAUCAGUCCCUGACGGACAUAUUGCAUGAUCAUAUGAAAAGGCCUUUGGGGGCCUGUUCAGAAAGCCCAUAUGACACAGAUUGUACCAAGAACCUUAUCUCAACUAUACGGAAUGCUUCCUCUCAGGAGGCUUUGUUAGAAGAAAUCGAGUCUGAACUUCUGUCAACAGAUCUAUUGAAAGAUCAUAAAGUUUCAAAUGGGGUUUGCAAGAGCGGGGCUACAUUGGCUAUAUUUGAAAAAUGCAUGCAAGACAAAUAUCUGCAGCAGGAACACACAAUAAAGAAAUUGAUUAAAGAAAACAAAAAGCACCAGGAACUAAUUUUGGACAUUUGUUCAGAAAAGGACAACUUAAGAGAUGAGUUGAAGAAAAGAACAGAAACUGAAAAACAGCAUCUCAUCAUUAUUAAACAGUUAGAGGCCAGAAUAGAGGACCUCCAAAAAGAAGUUAAAGCUGCUAAAGAUAAAUUGCUUUCCCAAGAUGCUGCUGCAAAGAAUGCUAUACAGCAACUACACAAAGAGAUGGCUUUUCGUACAGACCAGGCAAAUAAGAAAUGUGAAGAAGCGCGCCAAGAAAAGGAAGCCAUGGUAAUGAAGUACGUUAGAGGAGAAAAGGAGUCCUUAGACCUCCGGAAGGAAAAAGAAGUACUUGAAAGAAAAUUGAGGGAUGCAAAUAAAGAAAUCGAAAAGCAUACUAACAAAAUAAAGCAGCUUUCUCAGGAAAAGGCGCGGCUGCAACAGCUCUUUGAAACCAAGGAAGGUGAAGCUACCAGAAUGUCAAGAGAAAUAGAAAAAUUAAAAGAAGAAAUCAACUCUCAUGUAAUCAAAGUGAAAUGGGCUCAAAACAAGUUGAAAGCUGAAAUGGAUUUACAUAAGGAUACCAAAGAUCGGCUUAAAGAGGCAGCAACAAAGUUGACUCAAGCAAAAGAGGAAGCUGACCAGAUACGAAAAAACUGUCAAGAAAUAAUAAAAACAUAUCAAGAGUCUGAAGAAAUUAAAUCCAAUGAAUUGGACGUAAAACUCCGACUUACAAAAGGAGAACUGGAAAAACACUUGCAGGAGAGAUCAGAUCAUCUGGAGGUACAUCAUGCCAAAAUAAAAGAACUUGAAGAUGUGAAGCGAACAUUUAAGGAAGGCAUGGAUGAGCUGCGAACCCUAAGGACAAAGGUCAAAUGCCUAGAGGAUGAACGACUGAGAACCGAAGAUGAAUUAUCAAAAUACAGAGAAAUUAUUAAUCGACAGAAGGCUGAGAUUCAGAAUCUGCUGGACAGAGUGAAAAUUGUAGAUCAGCUGAAGGAGCAGCAUCAGAGAGACGAACAAGAGAUGAACUCUCUAAAGGAAGAAGUGGACAGUCUCAACACGCUGCUUACUGACUUCCAGAAGGACAUCGAUGGUAGCCGGAAAAGAGAAUCCGAGCUAUUGGUCUUCACUGAAAAACUGACCACUAAGAAUGCCCAGCUACAGUCGGAAACCAAUGCCUUACAGGUGCAGCUGGAUAAGCUCACCUACAGUGAGAGAGAGUCGCAGGAUCAGUUGGAACUCACCAGGCAAGCAAGAGAUGAGCUGGCAAGUAAAUUUCAGAAGGAAGAAGAGCUUCACAGAAACAACGUCCAGGUGCUGCAGGCAGAAUUGGCAUCUCAACAGAAAGCAUUCACAGACCUGAACACCCAGGCAGAUGAAUUAAAAGAUGAGUUGGUUACCCAGAAGCGAAAACAUGCAGCCAAUCUUAAAGACCUCACCAAGCAACUUCAACAAGCACGCAGAAAAUUGGAACAGCUUGAAAAUGGCAACUAUGAUAAAGAAGUCAGCAGUAUGGGGAGUCGUUCUAGUUCAUCUGGCUCUCUUAAUGCUCGAAGCAGCAAUGAAGACCGCUCCCCUGAAAACAGUGGCUCUUCCGUCGCUGUCGAUCAUUUCCCUGAAGUGGACAAGACCAUCUUGAUUGAGAGAAUAGUAAGGCUACAAAAAGCCCAUGCGCGGAAAAAUGAAAAGAUGGAGUUCAUGGAGGAUCAUAUCAAGCAGCUGGUGGACGAAAUCAGGAAAAAAACCAAAAUAAUUCAGAGCUACAUUUUGAGGGAAGAAGCAGGCACGCUGUCCUCCGAGGCCUCUGACUUCAACAAAGUGCAUUUAAGUAGGCGUGGUGGGAUCAUGGCCUCGCUCUACACAUCACACCCAGCCGACAGUGGGCUCACUUUAGAACUCUCUCUGGAGAUCAACAGGAAGCUUCAGGCAGUGCUGGAGGAUACCUUAUUGAAGAAUAUUACCCUAAAGGAAAACCUGCAAACCCUAGGAACAGAAAUAGAACGUCUAAUUAAGCAGCAACAUGAAUUGGAACAGAGGUUGAAGCAAACAUAAUUGAGAGCAAGACCAAGACGGCAGGAAAAAACACAGGUGCUCCAAACCUGUGGGUAUAUAAGGUAGAUGCCCGCCAGUGUCUUCUGCCAAUCCCUUGAAGCUUUAAGGAAAAAAAAUUGACAUGUGCUCAUGGGCAAGGUUACAAGACCUAGGCCCCAGUGCCUGCUUGGCCCGAAGUGACGGAGAUGCUGAACUUUUCUGAACACUGUUUUCAUCCCUAUUGCUUUUCACUGAAACAAGAUAUCAAGAUUUACAACUUAAAUUUAGAAAGUGUGCAAAAAUCUCUGCUUUGUGCAAUGAAAAUAUCCUGUUAAUGAAGAAGCUUGAAAAGAGAAUAGACUCCUGGGUGUAAUUUUUUGUUUGUUUGUCCAGGAGUAGGGGUAAAGAAGGAUUGGCUGUAUUCCAUUUAUUGCCCUCCAGGGCAUAAAUGUUUUCCCCCAAACGUGCAGAUAUUCUUGGAUUUAUUUAAAUAGUUUGAUUUUAUUUAUAACAUGCUUUGGAAAAGGGCUUCAUAGUAGAUGGUUUCCUUUAAAUAUACCAUCUUUAUGACAUGAUAAUGCAUAUUUUAUCAAUUGGAGAAGAGAGAGGUUUUAAAAAUCCCUGUUGACUCUUCAGAUGUGAAUUGGAUUUUUUUUUAAUUAAAGCGAAUAAAUUGAUCAAGAAAUUUCUACUGCAGUUAAUUGAUGUAAGCUGUUGAAAACCAGACGUGUACAUUUGGGGAUUGCUAACAAAAUAUGGUGCUGUGAGGCUUAAUCAUAAUUUUGAGGCCUGGGAAUAGUCUUGGUAAAUGGAAAUGGAAAUUGCUUAUGUUCAUUGCAACAAAAACAUGGGUGGUAAAACAGUAACAUAUCACAUUUCUGUGCAAGCAGUGACACUUCAUACUCCCAACAUGGAUGGAUCAACGAAAAAAGGGGGUUAGGUUACUGAGCUCAUUUUCACAAGCUGCACAAAUGACUAUGCUUUCUGCAGAGUGCACAGAAAAACCAUCCGCUACCACUUACUGCAAUUGUGGGCGACUACCAACUAUUUCACUCUUAACUACCUAGAGAGAGUCAUAAACAGCGCUCUCUCGGCCUGUAGCAUAUAUGUGAGCAACUAUUAAAUAUACAAAUAGUAAAGCAUUAGAAAAUAUUACGUCCGCAAAGGAUCUUGUUGGUAGACACAAUUUGGUCAGUAAAACUAAGGGAGAAAUGCUUGAGGGUCUCACCUGUUGGGGAAGGGAAGGGAAGGGAAGCAGGGCGCGGAUUUUAGCCUCGCCUCUUUCUCUUGCUUUGACAAGUACUAGCAUGAAUCUGUGUUUCCCAGCAGCAGCAGAGCAAGAGGGGGAGGAGGCUCCAGUUUCUUCUGCUUAAAUGUCUUUCUUCAUGUUCUUUUUCUUGGAGAGAGCAGUGCAUGUUCAGGUUUGUACUUGCCUGGUAUGAGGAGGAAGGUUUGGCAAAUGCUUGUCCUUCCACUUUUUCUCCCCUCCCGCUCCCCUUUCUGGAAGUUGGGGAUUAAAGUGAAUGCAUUAUUCUAACUAGAUUUUAAAUGAUAGACACUGUCCAGAAGCGCAUUGCGGGGGGUGGGGGAAUGAAAUCAUUUGUGACUAUUUUUAAAUAUAAACUAAUCAAAAGUCUAUCCACCAUUUUUCCAUAUGCUUUUCAAUUCUAAUUAACUUUCCUCCUUUUACUGUAUUCCCCCCACCCCACCCCUACACAACAGCAGCAACAAAAAACCCUUCUCUUGAACAGGGAACGAAGCCGCAGUUUCAGGUUGCGGUGUUCUGUUUGAUUGUUCAUUCAAAAAUACAAAAACUCCACCUGAAUUGUUGACAUAGUUGUGUGUGGCUCCAUCCCUCUGAAGUGUAUGGAUUUAGUCGCACUUUGAGAGAACUGUUUUUUGGGGGAUGGGCGGGGUGGGUGGAAACUAAACUAAACAAAUUCCUUGUAUAAAGAUGUAUAUAGUGCUAGAGUUUGUAUUUUUUUAAAAGCCAUCAUACAUUUCAUAUUUUUCUGAAAGUGUGAUACAGGUGUACAGUAGUAACAUAACAGUAAGCAAAACACGUUUGCCUUCCAAUUCAUAAAGUUAAAUUGUACACUCAUGUCACCUCUCUAUUUUGGGCAGUGGGCAAAGAAUGCUCCUCACUGUUGUACAUAAAUGGAUGUAGACUGCAAUCCUAUACCCACUUACCUGGGAGGGAGUAAUCCCAAUUGAACUUAAUUGGACUUGCGCCUGAGUAGACACCUAUAGGAUUGCACUGUUAGGCAUCCCCCCCCACCUGCAACUUUAGUUUUAAUUCAUUGAGUAUAAAUUAGAACUGAAAUAACUGAAACUAUAUAAGCAUGCAAGUUUUUAUUCAACUGAGCAGCCCACAAGAUUGAUUUUAAGGACCAGGUCUUCAGAAGUGGUUGCAUUUCAAAGUGUUUACAAAAAAACAGGCUUUCUUAAUGUUGUAUGGUAGGAUUGUAUUUAUUUUCAGAGCAGUGUAUCGUUCAGAGCACCACAAAAUUAUCCUAUGAAGCAUGACUGAAAAGUGUUACGUUCGUAAUUGCACUGAAGCUGGUUUAAAAUGUACUCAGGACUGCCUGGGUUUGAACUACCAUUUCUCCUUUCUGGAGAAUUGAUCCAGCAUGAAUAAGAGUUUGCAUUUUUCAUCUAGAUUUUUUGGGAUGAGGCAGAAGGAGUUCUGAAUGAAAAGUGAUGUGGUCAAAGCCAUGUUCACUUUGAUAUGCCUUAUUUCUUGUUCCAUUUUUAAUGAUGGAUGAUAUGAAUAAACCCAGAGGGCAUGGCGUCAGCUUGGACAGCAGCAUGCAAAGCCUGUGGGGAGUUAGCUGUGUGAAGCAGCUGCCAUGUGCAGAACUGGAUUCUUGCAUAUUGCCACAAAGCCGCCUGUUUGCAGUGGCAUGCAAAAUGCAUUUGGCAUGAAGCACUCACCUCCAAAAGCUCGACACCGGAUACAUGUGUAGCAAGCUUUCAAAGUGGCUACCGUGUGCUCCUGCUCUUGAGAGAAUGGUUUUAAAUAUGGAAGGAGCAGGAGAAUGUACUCCUUAUUGGAGAUAACUUACUCCUAAAUUGUUUUGCAUCAUGUAAGGCUCCGCUGUCUCUUCCCUGAGAUGUAUUGGUCAAUCCAAAGGAAAUAGUUUCUCUAGAAAACAAAUGACAGCUCUGGGAUAUCUUCAGUCUGACUGUGGUCAUUCAUUUUUAGAAGUGUAUUCCAGUACAUCACCUGGAACAGACAUAAAAAUCUCAGGUUAAUAAGCCAAGUUUUGUACAAGCUUUGUGCUUGUGGGCUUCACCCUCAUGCCAACCUUUCAUUUCUUGGCACACCGAGAUUAACCUAGGAAGUGGCAUUAACUAUAGUAUCCCGUUACAUUUCAACUUGGAAUCUAUGGUUACCAAGUUCAGAACAAGCCAGGAUCUUAAACUACAAUGUAAGUUGGUUGAGGUGGGUUUAAGAUCCUGGUUUGUUCUGAACCUGAUAACCAUAGUUGCCUGUUUCAGAAUUAUGUUAACAGGAAACUAAGCUUAAAGGAAGACUUCCUAGGUUAAUCUCAGUUUGCCAAGAAGGGAAGAGGUGGCAUAAGGACAGUGUGCGGGUUGAAAGGCUUGUUUAUAUCUCAGUUUAUUAAACUGAGAUUUGUACAUACAAACCUGGCAAGUUAGUGCGUGUGUGCAUGUGUGAGAGAGAAAGAAUAUGAACAACUAUAGAAGUAAGGCAUGUCAUCCACAUCUACAGGAAUGCCUUAAAUUGGCUGCCUUUUUCCAUGUGAUCCGUGUAAAAAGCAUAACUGUAGUACUUACCUAUGUCUGCAUAUUUGUCAUUGUUGUAUGCUGAUAACUUAAAAGAGGUCUAGGCAUCGAAAAUGCAGAAAAAGUAAGUGUUUCCAAUGAUGCUAUUCUGGCAACAAGUUUUACUUUGCAUAAUAGCAUAGAAAUAUGGAUGAUAGUGUAACCUGAUAAUUGGUAUUGUUCUUCUGAUGCAGAGUGGAGUGAAAAAAAGCAUUGUGGAGAUGGAAAAACAUUCAACUGCAUAGUAUGUGUGUUGAAAAAAACGUUUGCAGCAGCUUUAAUCUUACAGGUUUCUGUUAGGAGCUCUCUUCUGUGUUGGCUUUUUCUAUACUAUAUAACAUUUUGGGGAAGGUUUUGUUGUCAUACGUCUGUCAAGGUUAUUUUCUCAUUGAAAUGUCACAGUAUCUGUUUGUAUCAGCCCUGACUUUAGAUCACUUUGCAACGUGAGCCAUUAGAAAGCCUUUGGAUUUAAUGGAUUAUUAUUAUUAUUAUUAUUAUUAUUAUUAUUAUUAUUAUUAUUUCUUCAUACAUGCAGUCUGAACAUUCAGAGGGCAACUAGUCAAGAUGAUAUGAGAUAUGUGACUAGGGGUGCUUUUAUGGUAUAUCGCCCUGCCUCAUUCAUGAAAUUUCCCCAAAGGUCUAGACAGUGUCAUCUUCCAUGUGUAACCCAGUGCUUUCUUACCAAAGAAAAUCCAUUGAGAGAGAGACAGAAUAGCUGUACAUUGCCUUUUGACUAGUAGCCGUUCUUCCAGAAGCACCCUAAUUUUCAUGCAUCAUGAUGAUGCAGCUGAGCCAGGGGAGGAAGGGACAGUUAAGAUUGGGUGCUGUAGGAGCAAGGUUUAACCUCCCCACACCCAAUGCUGUCUUUAUCCAUGCUAUCUUCCGGGUUGAAAUCUCCUCCUCCCGCCCCACCCCCUCUCUCACACACAUUUGCCAUUAAAAAAAUAAUUAGUGGGAGAUCCAACCAUUAUUAGUAUGGCCAAGAUUGUGUACAAACCCAUGGGGCACGUUAAACUGCCCUGGGAUUGGUAUUCUGAAGAGGGGUAUCUAAACCACUUUCAGUAAAUACAGAAAUAGUUUCCUCAGUUUUGCAAUAGUCCAGAAAUGUGUUACUGCUAUGUGCAUCCCUCAGUAAUUCAGAUAUGUGUGUACUGUAUAGACUAAUACUGUUAUGAUAUAUCUCAAUCAGUGUUCUUCACCAUGAUAAUCCAGGUUCUGUGCUAAGAAAAUCUGUGUAAAUGAUGCAAAAGCCAUUUCCCCCCAACAUGACUUACUACACUGUUGUUAGCCGUUGGCAAUAACUCUUUGUCCAUCCCAAUGGCUCACAAAAAUGUAAUAGGUUAUGAUAGAAAUAUCUGCUUUGUAGAGUCCUGAAAUACCAUGAUCUUGACAGGUCAAAGGCUGAUCAGCCCCUACCACCUCCAUCUUCCGAGAUAGCACCAGGUAUUGUUCACAGUCCUUUCAAACCUGCCCUUGAAACCAUAAGUACUGGAGACUUGCUUUUCGAGUUCUAAUGAAAGCAGAGUUUCUUGAGGUAAUGAAUUCUGCCCCAGUUCCAAAUUCUGUACUUUGACUGUGUUUGCCCUAAAUAGUGGAGUAUGCACAGUUCUGUCACCAUAUUAAUGCCCAUCUUGCUUAGAGGCAAGUCAUCUGAGGUUACUGUCAUCUGAGGAUGAAUCUGAGGGCUCCAUUCAAGGUUGUAAUGCAAAAGGGAAGAAUGCUGUCCGGUCUAAACACUGACUUGUGUAUGCAUGUACGGGCAUAGCUCAUGGAAUUCUAAAGACUGUAUAGAGGAGGGUUGAUUCGCAUAAGUGUAUACAUCACUUGCUUUCUCAUCAUUUGAUUAAGUGGCUGAAUGGCUGAAUUAAAAAAAGUAUUAUGUUUCAGGUUGGGCUGGGCGAUAGUUUUGCCUUAAUAUUGAAUUUUGUGAUGGCUCAAUCACAUAUGCAAGUAAUCCCUUGAUGUAGCUAUUCUCCACUUCCUGACAUCUACAAUCCUUAGCAAGGCACCCAAGAGCCAAUGGGGAAGGAUUUGAAGGCAAACUCUUGAGACUGUGAGUGUGUGCGUCUGUAAAGUCACUAUCCCCAUAAUAUUGUCUUCCUCCCCAAAGUGCUCAGCUUUCACUAAUCAUUAUUUGCUGACAACUCAUCCCCUCAAAUUUUAAAUUUGGGAAAGUACUAUUACAGCUUAGUGCUUAUUGAUGAUCACCAAAGCUGCCUGUCUUCUGAGUCAGCAGACUUGGGUGUCCUGCUUUUAACAAAAAUGUGUCUGUUAGUUCAUGAAACAAAGAGGAAAAUGUUUGUUUCCCACCCGUCACCUCAGCCCUGACUUCUUUCUAUUCUAUACUACUUUUAGAAUACACAAGCCACUAUGAAUGUUAUGUUGUAUAUUAUUCAUAGCCUUUUUCAUGCAAGACGAUUUAAUAUUUUGUUGACAACAGUAGGUGGUGCUAGAAAACACUUCAUGUCUUCUAGCAGGGAGGGGGGGUACCACAUGUAAGGGAAAAUAUUGCCGGAUCUAUGUGGAUCAUAGCUAUCGGGGGGGGGGGGGCUCAAAACAAGGAUUUUAUUUAUUGAUUUAGUGUGCUAACUGUUUCAUUAUGUCCAAUCUUCCGUUUGUAUGUAUGUGAAUUAAGACAAAAAUAUAUAAAACAAUGGCCUGAGUUGAUUUAUAUUCUGUAGAUAUUUCUGUAUAAAUGAAGGUUCCCCAUUCCAAGAUGUGUGGCUAUACAUUAUGUAUAUAUUGGACUUUGAAAUAAUAAACAACAUGAACAAAUGUG